AUGACGCUCAAUAAUAACAACGACGACACACCCGGCGAGAGCCAACAUGACGAGGGCGAGACAUCCUACCAUACGGGAGGCGCCAGUGAUGCGGUCCCCCGUCCAAAGAGAAUCGCAUGCAUUCUCUGUAGAAAACGGAAGCUACGCUGUGAUGGGAACAAGCCAAGUUGCGGAACAUGCUCUCGACUGAAUCACAACUGUGAAUAUUCCGAGGAGCGAAAGAAGAGUGGCCCCAAAAGAGGUUAUGUCAAGUUACUAGAAGCCCGCCUCAAGCAGGUCGAAAACCUGCUUGAAACGAGAGAUGGAAGCAACGACUCCCUUGCCCAGAAUACUACCGCACGGCCUGCAAUCUCAAAUGCGCUGGAUGAUUCCACGUCUGCCAUGAACCUGGACAACAUUGCAAUGGCACCUCCCAUCACCGACUCAGAAUUUGCUGCCCCUGCUUUAGACGGGGUUGCCGACUUUAAUAUGGACACUGGCGAUGAUUUUUCAUGGGAGAUGAUAGGCCUCGGUCUGGAGGAAGCCCUGCCUCCCCGGGACGUCGUUGAUGAAUUGAAUGAAAUAUACUUCGAUAAGAUUCAUCCUUCUAUGCCGAUGAUUCACAAAGCUAGAUUCUUAUCUAGCAUGGACCUUGCCCCUCAUAUGCGACCCGCCGUUUGUCUAAGAUACGCAAUGUGGACCCAUUCCUGUAUGGUCAGCUCCAAAUACUCAGCUUACACAGAGCAUUUCUACGCUAGAGCCCGGAAAUAUGCCCAGGCAGACGAAAUGAGAGGCCAUGGCGAAGGCAUCGUCUCUGUUGGUCAUGCACAGGCUUGGACCUUGAUUGGGACCUAUGAAUUCAAGGUCAUGUAUUUUCCCAGAGCAUGGAUGAGUGUAGGGAGAGGUUCGAGGCUUGCCCAAAUGAUGGGCCUACACCGGCAAGAUCGCGUCGGCCUUGAUGUGAAACAGACUCUCCCUCCUCCGCGUGAUUGGACAGAUCGAGAGGAGAGAAGGCGGACUUUUUGGAUGGCCUAUUGUCAGGAUCGAUAUGCCAGUAUUGGCACAGGCUGGCCGAUGACUUUUGAUGAGCAAGACAUACUUACAAACUUGCCGGCCAGCGAAGAAGCUUUCAAGCGGUGUCAACCGGAACCAACGUUACAAUUAUCAGAUAUAAUGAGUGGUGAAGGAGCCGCCUCUCUUUCGUCUCUCGGGGGUGUGAUUCUCAUAGCCACCAUCUAUGGCCGCAAUCUCACUCAUUUGCAUCGGCCUGCAGACGCAGACAACGAUCACGACCUCAAUGGGCCAUUCUGGAAGCGACAUCGUGCCCUUGAUAACAUCCUUCUCAACACUUCAUUAGCCAUCCCUCCUAACCUCCGCCUACCGGCCGGUCUCAAUGACCCAAACACCAUCUUCCUCAAUAUGAACAUACAUACGGCGACCAUCUGUUUGCACCAAGCUGCCAUCUUCAAGGCCGAUAAAAACCGCUUACCAGCACAAAUUAGCGCCGAGUCCAAGCGGAGAUGUAUUGUCGCUGCUGAUCAAGUCACUAAUAUUAUGAAGAUGAUCAGUCAUAUGGACAUGUCUGCGAUGAACCCCUUUCUCGCUUUCUGCUUGUAUGUCUCUGCCCGGGUAUUCGUCCAAUAUCUCAAAGCGCGAAGAGAGGACACUGCAGUCAAGUCAUCGCUUCACUUCUUACUUGCCGCAAUGCAAGUGUUGACAGCCAAAAAUCCAUUGACGGAGUCCUUCUUGGUACAGCUCGACGUGGAUCUUGAAGGAAGUGGUCUGGACCUACCCAUCAGCCAUUCCCGGUGGAAGUUCGGUCACCGUCCACCUGGCGAAUACCCUCCCAACACCGACGCCGUGAAGUGCUCCCCGUUAUUUGAGAUCCGGAAUUCUCAAGGAGCAGUUCAUGGGCUAGCUCCCAAUAUUCAAUCAUCCCCACAGGCUAACGGGCUUGGCCCAGGCAUUAAUAGCCAAUCCAGCAAUGAUUACCCGAGCCUUUACGCGACCACAGACAUGUCGCACACCAAUUCCAGCGCACCCGUUGUACCUGACGGAUUCGAGAACCCGUUCUUCUCCACAACGCGAUCGACAGGAAGCCAGCACUCUCCAGGAGGAAACUCCUAUCCCGAAAGUUCUGGGUCAAGACCACAGUCGAACCACCCGACGCCUUCGACGUCGUCCCUCCACAACUCAUCCUCACACACCUCCUACACCUCACCCCAGAAUCAUUCCAUCAGUGGUGGGUCGGUAAAUAGUAGCAAUGCCAACAACACCAAUGCUUCUCAAGCACGCCAGAGUCAAGACCCACCAUUGGGCUACAUAUACCCCGGUGCGGCUUCGUGGCAAGCCAGCAUGUCAAUGUCAACCGCUAGUGGUAGUAACAGUGGUGCCAGGCAGCAGCAGCAACAGCCACUGCCAGAUCACAACAUCAUGCAGCCUAUCAUGCAUAUGAAUAGCACAGGCAUGACGCCCAUGAGUGAGAUGUGGCCAGCAGACGCCAUGAGCGACAACAACGACUGGAUGUUCGGCUGGCCAGGCCAAACGCCACAGCCUCAAUAG